CCGACCGACAAGAGCAGAAGCGACCAUCGAUUUCGUCACUACUUCCGUCCCGGGCGCACGCGAACGAACGAAGCGAGAGAGGCCCAGAUCCCGAAUUUACGCUCACUUUCCCUACACUCCUUCCACGACAUCAUAUCCUACCACCUCUCCCGAAUAAAGCCCCCCCAGCUCCCCCAUCACUAGGGUUUCCUCUUGCCUUGAAUUGAAUCUCGUAGUCGAUUCGUCACGGAGAGACAAGCACAUCGAAAACGCCCGGGCUUGAGCCCGGCAUGCUCCUCCCCCGGCUGCUUCAACCCGCAGCGGCCCGUUCCCUCCGCCGCGCCGGCGCAUUCUCGACGAGGACGAUAACGAAGACAUCAGCGAAUCAUCCCGCCCUGCCAGGGCAGAUAUGCUACCGAGCUCGGUUCCCGCGUCGGACGUUCACGACAUCGCGUGCGCUUCGAGAUGACGUCGCUUCUACGAACCACUACGAGACCUUGAAGGUUGCUCACGAUGCCUCUCCAUCUGACAUUAAGAAAUCCUUCUAUGCCCUCUCCAAAACCCACCACCCAGACCACAACCGCGACGACCCAAACGCAUCCCGCAAAUUCCACGCAAUAGCAGAAGCCUACUCCGUCCUUGGCACCCCCGCCAAACGCGCAUCCUACGACCGCUCCCUCCCCUCCUCCUCCCACAACAGCCACCACGCCGCAGGCCACAGACGCGGCUCCUACCACAGCAGCUCGGGUCCCGCGGGCGGCCGCCCCGCAUCGGGCCUCUCCCGCCGACGCACAACCUUCCGCGGCCCGCCCCCGAGCUUCUACAGGUCCGGCGGCUGGGGCGCGCAGUCCGCGAAGAGGAGGGAGGCCCACGAGAAUACCACCGGCACCGGCGCAGAGAAGGAGCAGCCUGGCAUGGGUCCCGGGUCGGAUCCGUACGGACACACGAGGUCUGCCGCGCCGCGGCACUUUGAUUCGCAUACGCAUACUAGGACGCAGCAGAAUCAGGAUUCACGGCGGUCGCAUAGGAUCAUGGGCACGCAGGUCCCGGUCGGACCGCAAGAGACGUCUGUGGGAGCGUUUUUGGUGGUCAGCGGGAUCUUGUUCUUUUCCUUUUUCAUACCCUUUGUUGCAACCGGCGGGUUGCGCCGGAAGAAAAAAGAUGCUAAAUGAUAGAGUUCAGGCAAUAGAGCUUGGGCAGCAAUCAGUAGACAUCUACCAGGAUAGACAUAAAUCGCACGAUAAAAGCCUUCUUCAGAUCACCACGAAACAAUCGAAUGCGAAGAAACCAAGGAAUUCCGGUCGACCAAA